UCUCUUUCAGCUGCCAAGAAAUCCAUGACUGACAGCAACAUUAUGGCGGAACUGGCAGAAGCUGCGGCCAAAAACCAGGGUGGCGCGAAAGCUAUCAAAGGCAUCAAAGGGCUGAAAGUUAAAGAUAUCCAGCCCCCCGAGAUUGAAAUAAUCUUGCAUGAACCUGCGAACAUCGAAAUGCCAGUGGGAAAUCAGAUAACAAUUGCUGGGAAAAGCUUCAUUGGUGGCACCAUGGAGAUCACGGUGAAAUCAAAAAUGACAACAGUCAGCUGCAUGGAAUACGAUGACAAUAAAGAACUCAGGUUGAAAGCAAAGAGUUGUACGGUGGAGCUGAUAAGCUGCAAAACCAACCUUCCCAGCAGCAUGCUUCCGAAGAUUGUGAACAAAUUUCUUAAUUCUACCCUCACUAAAGUCCUCCCCGGCAUGAUGUGCCCAGCAGCAGACAAAGUGCUUCUACACAUAGAAGAGAAAAUGAAGAAAGCAUUUGAGGAAUGCCCUAUUGGUGAGCGGGGAACAAUGCAGUAUACAAUGGACGGCCUGCCAGAAGUAUAUGAUGGCUCCUUGAACAUGAAGUUCAAGCCGGUGGUCCGUGACAGAGAUGGAAAUGAAAUUCCAAAUGUCUGUGAAGCACCAGGUUCUGAAGGUUCUUCCGCAAGACCUGAUGGCAUUACUCAAGUCAUCAUACCAACAGGUAUCCUGAACACUGUGCUGGAACUAUUCAAGAAAGACAUGGACUGCGACGCUACUAGUGACUCGAUUUCUGAUCUAACGGUGGGCAAGAUGAAAGAAAUGAUACCAGGGCUUCCAGAUAUGGACCCCUCAAAGAAAGUGAAGUUGGAAAUCAGAUCUGUAGAAACACCCAAGGUUCGCAUCGAAGACGGCAAAAGUGUCAUGACAGUCCAUUCGACAAUAGACGUCAAAACAGACCCAGACAACGAACCCGUCUGCACCAUAGACAUGGAGCACAAAUGGGAUGCUGGCUAUGAGCAGCUCAAUGAUACCAUGAAAGUCUUCUUGCUACCGGAAACGGGCAGGACAACAGCAAUAUCUGUGACUUCUCCCUCAGUCGGCGACAUUAAUGAAGACCAACUAAAGGAAUAUAUGCAGAAUGCCAUAGUCAGCAAUUGCGUCCCAGGGAUGAAUGAUGCCCUGGAAAAGAACCAGAUGAAAAUGCCCAACCUGAUGGGGGCUGACUAUAAUCACCCUGCAUUCAAGAUGGUGGAGGGUGUCGUGAUCAUUGAAGUGGACCACAGCAACGUUGAGGACGAUUCCAUGGUGCACUUGGAGAAGUUUAAAAACAUGUCUGUUUAAAAACAGGCCAGAAACCUGCACCUGCAUCCAAGAGGUGUUCACCCAGCCACUUGAUCCAAAACGAAAACAGCACAUCCACCUAGAAUGGGUCCCUUCCAACUCUACAAUUCGAUCUGGAGUGGGCAGCGAUUGGAGAACUCUUCUUCCUCGCCUGCCUGAUAAACGCUCACCCCCAUUCCCAGUUCUCUAGGCUGUAACUCUCUGUCCAGAGGCUUGGAAUGAUAUUUUGCGGGUUCCUUCAAUAAAAUAACCCAUGUUUCCUCUUCUGCA